AUGAUAAAAAAAAAGUAAUUAGAAAGUUUUUUGCAAUAAGUCCCUGACUUUGAUGGAAAACCUAAUUGGAACCUAGAAUAACAUAUGACUCCUCCUUCUUUUGCUAGCGAGAUAAUAUAAUUGAUUCUUAAUGAAGAGUCACUUGAAAAUUUAGUAUGUGCAGAUUUUGGAUGCGGAACAGGAAUGCUAACAGCUGGAUUAUUGUGUUGCAAUGUAGCUCAUGUUUUUGCUUAUGAAUUUGAUGAAAAUGUUGCUUAAGACACUUUAUAAACUUUAUAAGAGAUGCAUGAUGGAGCAUUUGAUUUGAUUAUAACAAAUAUUAAGCAUCAUAAAUUUCCAUCUCAAAAAGUUGACUUAAUUUUAAUGAAUCCUCCAUUUGGUACAAAGGAAGCCAAUAUUGAUACAGUAUUUUUGUUAUAAGCGUUCUAACAUGCAAACGGUAAUGUCUACUCAAUACACAAAUCUUCUACCAGGUAAUAUUUGGAGAAAUUAGCAAUAGAAAAUAAAAGAACCUUUAAAGUACUUAAGGAAUUUGAAUUUCCAUUACCUAAAAAAUUUUCUAAAUAUCACAAAAAAGACCUUGCAUUUACAUAAGUAGAUUUCAUAAAGUUUGGCUAUGUAAAGUAGUAAGAAGAGAAAUAAGAUAUUUAAUUAAAUUGA